ACAAACGCAUACUCAUAUAUAUACUAUCCCUUUUUAAAACUUUUUUUUUUGUUUUUUAAUACAUCUGUGCGUGUGUUUGUGUGUGAAUAUUUGAUGGGUUUGGCAAUGUGAAGAGUGCAAUUUUAGUCAUGGAAUACCAUGUGCAUUAAUAAAAGCUAAAAAAAAUGCAUCAGCAAGGAUCAUUGUACCCUUCCAAGGCCAUGGGGCAACCGCCCCACUGAACCAAUUAAUAAAAUACAAGGAACAAAAGCAUUGAUUGUUUCAAAAAAUGAAUUUAAUCGAUAUGUUGAUUAUACGACUGAGACAGAAAAACUAGCUAAUGAAGCUAAAAAAAAAGCUGAAAAAUAUGCACAACUUAAAAAAGCUUCAUAUGAAAUGACAAAAAAUUGGACUGAUACUUUUAAGAGUAAAAAAGAAAAACACCGAAGAGAUAUUUUAUCAAAAAAAGAAGAUUCUGAUGAAGCACGUUUACAAUUUAUAAAAGAACUGACAGCUAAAAAUGCAGAAGAAAGAGCUGAGAUUGUAAAUGAAGCUAGAAAAUUAUUAUUUUAUAAAAAACCACACUGUCGUCUUAUCAACAGUGCACUUCUAACAUCUGAGUGUUACAGAGAAUUAAAUGCUCAAAUUGAAUUCAAUAAAAAAUUACAAAAUGUUGAUAAACAACAAGACAAAGAAUAUGCUGAUAUAUUAAAAAAAGAUACAGAAAAUUUUAUCAAUGAAGAAAAACAAAAAAUACAAAAUCGAAUGAUAAAAAUAAAAACCUAUGGAGAUGAAUUAAAAAAACAAAUAAAUGAAACGAAUAAUAAUUUAAAAGAAAUUGAAAUGACUGAACUACGUAGUGAUCAAGAAGCUUUAAUUAAUAUGAACAAAGAAUUACAAUUGAUUGAACAAUGUGAAGCUGAACAGAUUAUUAAAAAGAAAGAAGAAAUCAAAAAGCUAUUUUUAGAUUCAUUAGAAGAAAAACGACGUCGAGAAGAAAAAAUAAAAGUUGAUGAAGAUUUAGAAAAUCGUGCAAUUCAAGCAUAUAAAAAUACAAAAUCAAAGCUAAAUAAAAUAACAAAAGAAAAAUUAAAAAAAGAACAAAUUGAAAAAAUACAACGUACUGAAUAUUUAGCAAAAAAAUGUGCAAUUAUAUAUGAAUCAAAUGAUGAUGCUGAAGAGGAACGUUUACGUAAAGCUAUUGCUGAAAAGGAUGAAAUUGAAAAUAAAAAAAUUGAAGCAAAACGUAAUUUUGCUGAAAAAAUGAAAAAUGAUAUAUUAAAAUAUCAUUCUGAUAUUGAAGAAUUAAAAAAAAAAAAAGCUGAUGAAGAAAAAAAUUUAAUUGCAUGGGAAACAUUACAAAGAUACAAGAGAAAUGAAUUUAAUGAAGAAAAUAAAUUGAAACAAUUACAAGAAGAGUGGAAAAAAAAAAUUGAUAUGAGAGAAUAUUUAAAAAAACAAAUGGAAGAACAAGAAGCUAUCAACAAUCAUGAAAAAGUGAUGAAUGAUGAAUCAAAAGAAGUUAAACAAGCUAUUGACAAAACAAAUAACAAAGUUCUUGCAUAUGGCCAAGAAGUUUUAGAAGAAUCAAAAGGUGUUAGACCUUUAUUUCCAAUUAUCAAAGCAAUUGAGCAAUUUAAAAAAGAAAAUAAUCUUUUACCACGAAAAACGUUUGAAAUAGAAGAAGAAGAAGAAGAUUCACCACUAGCAAGAAAAAGAAAUAUGAAAAAAAUUUGUUCAAAUCCUUUAUCACCUGAUAAAAUUUUUUAUCUAGGAUAAUAUUUUUUUUUUAUAAUUAUUGUAUUUUUUUUUUUUAGUAAAGUUUUUUUUUUUCUUCC